ACGUGAGUCAUUUCUGUAAAUUGUUUAUUAUACAUGAUGCGACAAAAUUUAUUUAUAUAUACGUGCAAUAAGUAGAUAAUGGAGUUAAGAGAAGCUCUCGUGGAGAAAUUAAAACAAUACGGCGUCGGCCGGCGGAAACUUGAUGAUGAAUUAUUUGUCACUGACAAGCCGCCGCCUCGCUUGGGCAUCUACGAUGAAGAUGAUGAGAACCUAUGCCAUGAAGUGGUGAAGUCCACCUGCAACAUCCCAGGUUGCAAAUUCACGACAGAAUCCUUGCUAGAGUUCGAGAACCAUUACAAUGCGUCACACAGAUAUACUUGUAGCCAAUGCAAGAAAGUGCUUCCAUCGCCACAUUUGCUGGACUUACAUAUCCAGGAGAACCAUGACUCCUUCUUCGCUGUAUUGGCUGCUAAAAAACCAUCUUAUUGCUGCUAUAUAGAAGAGUGCAAAGAAAAAUUCAUGGACGCUGACGAACGGCGGGACCACUGCGUUAAAGUGCACAGACUACCAAAAGAUUUUAGGUUUGAUCAAAAACCAAAAAGUGCCAAACCGAAGAGACCCAAUCAUAAAAAGAAGACUGAUAAAGAUAAAACGGAAACUUCUAUGGAAGUAGAUAAGAAUCAAACAUUUUCCUUUAAUAAUAGUAAACAAAAAGCCUUUGUUAAGUACACAGGGAAGAAAUUCACAAAAGUUUCAAAAUCUGCUUCUCAGGAUGUCAACAUGGAUGAUGCAAUGGAAGACUUAAGGAAAACAUUGCCAGAUUAAAAAAAUAAAAACAU